UCUACAGUUCAGUGGCGCGAACGCGCGCGCGUGCCCGAGGCUCGCGCAGGGGAGGUUCAUAUACGCGCCGCAGCUGAGGCUUGUCGUCAGUUCGAGCGGCACGAGACAGAUUCAGCUCUGUGGUUCUGUGCUCGAGUCUCUCUGUUCCUAAUUUGUGGAGCGCAAAUCGGAGCGCAUCAUCGGUGUUUGUCACUCAGAGAUGCUCGUGUUUUAGAGGCAUCAGCAUCAGUUUUAGUCGCACUGAAAGGAAUGAGAUCAGAGCAUCAAUGUUUCACUGGGGCAAGUGGAAGAAGAGGAUGGGAGCGAACAGUUCAUCCAAGAGACCAGUGUUCGACGACAAAGAGGAUGUGAAUUUCGAUCACUUCCAGAUUCUGCGAGCUAUUGGGAAAGGGAGCUUUGGGAAGGUGUGCAUCGUGCAGAAGCGGGACACGGAGAAGAUGUACGCCAUGAAGUACAUGAACAAGCAGCAGUGCAUUGAGCGCGACGAGGUCCGGAACGUCUUUAGAGAGCUUGAGAUCCUACAGGAGAUUGAACAUGUGUUUUUAGUAAACCUCUGGUACUCGUUCCAGGAUGAGGAGGACAUGUUCAUGGUUGUGGACCUUCUGUUAGGAGGAGACCUGCGCUACCAUCUGCAGCAGAACGUGCCGUUCACAGAGGAGGCAGUGAAGCUGUACCUGUGCGAGAUGACGCUGGCGCUCGACUACCUGCAGAGCCAACACAUCAUACACAGGGACAUCAAACCUGACAACAUCCUCCUGGACGAGCAAGGUCACGCACAUUUAACAGACUUUAACAUCGCUACGAUAAUCAAGGACGGUGAACGGGCCACGGCGUUAGCGGGAACAAAGCCUUACAUGGCUCCAGAGAUCUUCCAGUCGUUCGUGAGUGGAGGAACCGGUUAUGCGUUCGAAGUGGACUGGUGGUCGCUGGGCGUAACGAUUUUUGAGGUUCUGCGAGGUUGGAGGCCGUAUGACAUCCAUGCCAGUAAUUCUGUGGAGUCUCUGCUGCAGUUGUUCAGUACCGUCAGUGUUCAGUACAGCUCGGCCUGGCACAAAGACCUCGUCUCGCUGCUGAGGAAGUUAUUGACUGUAAACCCAGAGCAUCGCUUCUGUAGUCUGGCUCAGAUGCAGACGGCGCCCUACCUCUCCGAUGUCAACUGGGACGAUGUUUAUGAGAAGAAGAUGGAGCCGGGGUUUGUUCCCAAUAAAGGUCGUCUGCAUUGUGAUCCCACCUUCGAACUGGAGGAGAUGAUUCUGGAGUCUCGUCCUCUUCAUAAGAAGAAAAAGCGUCUGGCAAAAAACAGGUCGAGAGACAACAGCAAAGAUUCUCAGUCUGAGAAUGAAUAUCUUCAGGAGUGCCUUGAAGUCGUCCAGCAAGAGUUCAUGAUUUUCAACCGUGAAAAGUUGAAGCGUCGGCAGGAGGAGGGAGCAGAUGGAGACGGAGACGGAGAUCCAGACGCUGAUGAGGCCGAGGCCGAGGCUGAGGGAGGAACGGAGGACGAAGAGACUGAGCCUGAGCCCGAACCUGAGACCUCCAAACUGAGCAUGUGCGGUUCGGUUUGCUCGUCUCCAGGAAGCUGCUAGCGCCCCCUGUUGUCCUCCGAGGCCACGGCGCGCUCACCAUGCCUUUAAAAUCCCUCAUUAUUCAGAGCCGCGACGGACCCUCACAUUUUCGUUUGUCUCCUAGAGCAAGUUUGAACUUCUAUGCAACGUAUCUCUUCAGCAUGAUGUAAAAUAGAGAUUUUAGAGGCAAUUCAACACGCUUGAGUAUGAUGACACUCCAUGAAACUGAUGAAGGAGCUCUUUAUCUUCAGUUUAAUUGUCUUUGAAGCAGAAACAACAUUGACGCUCAUCCACACACAUGAAGCUGCUUGAGGAUUCAUUGAUAUUUCAUAUAAUGACUUGAUUGCAUUUGUAUGUUUACAUAUGUGAGUUAUUACUGAUCAUGGAAGCAUCUGGUGCCUUUUGAAUUCAGCACAGAGUUUCCUGCUUUCAUGUGCUGUGAGAAGAUUAAGUAUAGGACUAGUUAACAUACACUGACACUAGUAGAGCACUAGUGAGUGGAGUAUGUGCUUCUGAUGGGAGUGUUUGUGUAGUUCAUAUUUUUCUUUCAUCCUCAUAUCAGAACUGAUUUUUACAUGGGAGGAAAAACAAUUCUUCCAAUAAUUCAUACAGGUUUACUGGUUACACUUUACAAUAAGGUUUCAUUAGUUAACAUGAACUAACAAUGAGACUUAAUGUUAAUUUCAGAAUUUACAAAUACAUUAAGUCUGACAUUGUUUAUGCACUUGUUAGGUCAGUGUAAUAUGCUUUCUAUAAUUUAAAAUUUAAAAACUGAAGCAGACGUUCUCCUUCCUCUAAUAGAUGAUUUCAUAUAAAUGUCUGAUUAUGUGUGCAUGAUAUUUUCUACUGUUUUCCUCGUCUGUGCUUUAGAAAUCUGUUUUUGAGAUGUUUGACUUCCUCCACAGCACUUUAAAGCAGAAAUUCUGCCAUAGAAUUCAAUAGGAGAGUCAUUCGUUUAGUUUUUCUUAUAAAAAAAAAUGAAAAAUGCUGUUUAAUUCUACAUGAGGGUGAUCACAUGACCAUUUCUACAUUUCUACAAUCAGUAUUUAUUUUAAAGAUCUGAUGAAGCGUUUAUUUCCAGAAGGGCUCAUCACCCUGUUUAUUGUAAAUAUCCAGUAGUCUUUAGUUUACAAUUUACAUCAUGAACCAUGAUUUACUAAUAGUUUAGGAGGAGGCACAAUCUUACAGUAUGUAUAUUUGCUCCUGAAUGAAAGAUCAUCAGUAUUUUCAUCAAUUUCCCCAGAGGAAAUGAUUUCAAAACACUGUCAUUAGGAUUUUUAAAUGUUUUUGGUAGAAGUCCCUUCUGCUCACCAAAGCUGCAUUUGAUCAAAAAUGCAAAAAAAAAAAAGGAAAGCAAAAAAACAAAACACCCAGUGUGAUACUAAAGACUGGAGUAAUGAUGUUGAAAAUUCAGAUUUGAUCACAGGAAUAAAUUACAUUUUACUAUAUAUUCACAUAGAAAACAGCUGUUUUACAUUGUAAUAAUAUUUCACUGUUUUUACUGUAGUUUUGAUCAAAUAAAUGCAGCCUUGGUGAGCAGAAGAGACUUUAAGCAUUAAAAAAAACCUGGUUAUUCCAAACUCUUGACCGCCAGUGUAAAUGAGCCACAGACUAUUUAUUUUACUGUGAUGGGUGUUUAAUGCUGCCUUUACAUGAGUAAGAGUUUCCUAGUUGGAAAUUCCUCGUAGUUUUCUAGUCGGAAAUUGGACACAAAUGCCCACUCAAGUGGUAUUUAUUUCUGGGAAACUGAGAGAUAAUUUUGAUAUCUCAGUUUCCGAGUAGGGCGGCCCAUAAACUUUAAACAUGGUGGAGGGAAGAAUGAUUGCUGCUGUGACUGCUAUUCUUUAUAAGUUUUUCCACAACAGCUUGUUAAAGUUGUGCAUAUUUACAUAUAUAAAUAACUAUUUGAAGCAAAUUGUAUGUUUUGUACACAGCCACAGUUGCAUGGAAUAGAACAGGAUGUAGGACAUUUCCGAUAUCACAUGAAGGCAGCAUAAGCUCAAAAUCAUAGUAAAACAUGUGGCAUAUAGCAAUUUUAUUAUGCUGCCUUCACAUAAUUUCCUACUUCCCACUUUUGAAGUCGUGAUUAUGAGCAUAAGUGCUUUGUUUUCGGAAAGAACAGGAAUCAUGGAGGACACCAGGUUUAUUCUUUCCUGUUUAUUGGGAAAAUAAUAUUAAAGCCAAAAUGAUUGACAGCCAUAUAAACAUUCACCGUGUUAUCUAGAUAAUCAGCUUAUUGACGUUUCUGGAAUUUCAGUCAAAUACAGGCUAUUUUUGCUAUCAAAAUUAUCUCUGAGUUUCCUAUAGUAAAUUCCAAUAGCAAGUAAAGGCAGCAUAAAUUGCAAUAAAAAGGCAUGUCAUGCUGCCUUCACGUUAUCAGACUUAUCAUAAAUAUGAGUUUCCCAGUCAGAGUUUCCUAGUCGGAAAUUCCGUGUUGAAGUUUCCUAGUCGAAAAUGCCUAGUUGGAGUUUCCUAGUAAGAAAUUCCUAGUCACAGUUUUCCAGUCAGAAAUGCCUAGCCAGAGUUUCCCAGUUGGAAAUGCCUAGUCACAGUUUCCUAGUCGGAAAUGCUUAGUCGGAGUUUCAUAGUAAGAAAUUCCUAGUCGAAGUUUCCAAGUCGGAAAUGCCUAGUCAGAAUUUCCAAGUCAGAAAUUCCUAGUCGAAGUUUCCCAGUCAGAAUUUCCUAGUUGGAGUUUCCUAGUCAGAAUUUCCUAGUUGGAGUUUCCAAGUCAGAAAUUCCUAGUCGAAGUUUCCCAGUCAGAAAUGCCAGUCAGAGUUUCCCAGUCGGAAGUGCCUAGUCGGAGUUUCCUAGUCAGAAAUUCCUAGUCGAAGUUUCCCAGUCGGAAAUGCAUAGUCAGAGUUUCCCAGUCGGAAAUGCCUAGUCGGAGUUUCCUAGUCAGAAAUUCCUAGUCGAAGUUUCCCAGUCGGAAAUGCCUAGUCGGAGUUUCCUAGUCAGAAAUUCCUAGUCGAAGUUUCCCAGUCAGAAAUGCCAGUCAGAGUUUCCCAGUCGGAAGUGCCUAGUCGGAGUUUCCUAGUCAGAAAUUCCUAGUCGAAGUUUCCCAGUCGGAAAUGCAUAGUCAGAGUUUCCCAGUUGGAAAUGCCUAGUCGGAGUUUCCUAGUCAGAAAUUCCUAGUCGAAGUUUCCCAGUCGGAAAUGCAUAGUCAGAGUUUCCCAGUCGGAAAUGCCUAGUCGGAGUUUCCUAGUCAGAAAUUCCUAGUCGAAGUUUCCCAGUCGGAAAUGCCUAGUCGGAGUUUCCUAGUCAGAAAUUCCUAGUUGAAGUUUCCCAGUUGGAAGAGCCUAGUCAGAGUUUCCUAGUCGGAAAUUCUUAGUUGGAGUUUCUUACUUGAAAAUUGGACAUGAAUGCUCUCUCAAGUCAUAUUUACUACUGGUAAACUCAGAGAUAAUUUUGAUACCCCAGUUUCUGUAUAGGGCAGCCCAUAAACUGUAAACAUUGCGGAGGGGAGAAUGAUUGCUGCUGCGACUGCUAUUCUUUAUUAGUUUUUCCACGACAGUUACAUCACCUUGAUGUUAAAGUAAUGCAUAUUUACAUAUAUGAAUAAUCAUUUGAAGCAUUUUGUAUGUUUUAUACACCGUGAAAAUAGCCUGUAUUUGACUGAAAUUCCAGAAUCAUCAGCAAGCUGACUAUCUAGAUAGUGCAGUGAAUGUUUAUAUGGUUCUCAACAAAUGGGACACUAGAUAUAAUUUUGGCUUUACUAAGCAAUUGAACAUGACGAGCUCGUAAUCACGACUUCAGAAGUGGGAAGUAGGAAAUUUCCAAUAGCACGUGAAGGCAGCUAUCAGACAGAUGUGUUUGGCUGCGCAAACAUCAUCAGUGUUAGAUCUUUGACAGACCCAUAAACCCACAGCUAUGAUGAUGAUGAUGUUUCCUGGAAUAUAUUUGUCUCUUGUUGCUGCUUUGAAACCUUCCUCCCUUCUCACAUGUUGCCAAAUUACCUUUCUGACUGUUAGACUUCUUAAACUACCAUUCAGUGAAGGGUUUGAUGAUACGUGAAUCCUUCACCUCUGCUGCUUACUGAAUCUCUAUAGGACACCAGUUUAAGAUUAUUUAUAGCUGACACACAGUAGCGUGUGUGUGUGUGUGUGUGUGUGCAUGUGUGUGUGAUAUGUUUGAGGAUGUGUGUGUUACGUGCUUCAGUAGAUUCCCAAGUUUUCUUUAGUGUAGCAUUAAUUCAGUAGGAAUAACAGGUGGUGGUGUUGAUGUCGGCACACGUGUAGCGUUCAUGAUGAAAAUGAUCUUCUUCUUUUUUUGUUUUGUUUUUCAGUACAAAUAUCUAAACAUUUUUGAACAUUCAAGCAUGAAAACCUGUUCUAGUAGAGCCCAAAACAACAUCAAGACUUUGUAAAAGGGCAUAAUCGGUUCUCAUUUUGAUCAUUUUUUUCAGAAAACAAGACUUAAUAUCUUCAGUCAUUUUGCUUCUCCAGUAAAUGUAUCUUGAUUUAAGAAUGUUUAGAUAUUUGUGCUGGAAAACAAGACAAAAUUACUGAGGAAGAAGAUCAUUUUUUGAAGUGUACAGUAAACUCCAGCGCUUCAUCAUGUAAAACAUGUACAUAGUGAAAAGCUCCAGUAUUUUUCCACAGUUUUAUGUGGAUGUGCUGACAUAAGCGAGUAUAAAUGUAGACGAUACUAAGAGGUUUUAUGAAGCGACGUCUUCAUACCACGUUGUUUAAAAUCUCUUUCAAGUGUGCAGGCACAACUUGUAGGCAAAUACGCCAAAGCUUUUGUACCAUUUGCAUAGCCAUUUCUAAUAUAAAUGAGUGCCUGUGUGUGAGAGAGUGUAUGUGUAUGUGUGUGAGAGAGUGUGAGUGUGUGUUGAUUAGUGCUUAAAGCCCAUAGAAACACAGUAACAUUUGUAAACAAGCAUUUAUUGUAAUAAGUAAAAUCAUGGAAUGUUUUUGAAAUGCUAUAAAAAGUUACAUUUAGUCCGAGGUGUGAAAGAUUCAGUGGUGAAUCUGAAGUCCUGCAUGUUCCAGUGAAUCGAGGAUUCGGGCAGAAGCGUGUGUGUGUGUGUUUGAUUCAUAUCAGAUGAUGUGUGUUUUUGCACGGAUGAGUCCAGUUUCUGCUCAGUCUCUAAUGAAUCCUUUAGGACUGAUCGAUGAAGACCAGACGACUGACUUUAACCUUGUUUUCCAUUGUAAUGUGGACGGCAUGAUACUGUACGUAAACAUAGAUUCUCUUGAAUAUUUUGGCAACCCAUAGAUUGUUUUGACGAUCAUUAAAGUAUGAAUAAAGUAUUAACGUGC